AUGUUAUGUAAAAGAACGUUAACAACCACCAAUUUUGCACUGGUAAAACGAAGAAGGAUCGAAUCUUCACAUGAUGAAGUUCCACAAAUUAGGUCAGUGGGUAACAAGACACCUAAAAUCCAUCCAAUAGAUGAUUCAAACAUGGAAGCACCGUUAGAGUUUUACCUUAGCGAUGGAGUAGAGGUCAAUCAAUUACCUCAUAUUUUCACCUCGUUAGACAAUUAUGAUGAUGUCUCGGCUUCAUAUCUUUGUCAAUUAUUCACUGAACCUUCAAUAGAUAUCCCAUUCCUAGUAGAGACUUUCCAACCAAAUCUUCUUGAUAUUUUAACAAAAAAUAUUGUACUUAACCGUCAUAGAAAUCAACAGUUUGUGUCAUACAAUACGAAAAUCUUCUGUCAAAUGAUGCAACAUGACCAAUACAAGCUUCAAGCGGUGGAAAUGGGAUGCAUCGAAUUGCUACUAACUGCGUUUCAACCGCAUUGGUGUGAUACAAUUUACGAUAUUUUAGAGCUGGCUUUGAUUAAUAUGACUCCUACCAAUCGGUUGAUUAGAAAACUUAUUCUUGAAAGUCUGGACUUGACGAAAAUAAGAGUAACCCAAAGAUCAGAAAGAAUAUUUCGAAUUCUAGAUGGAUAA